UGUCAUGCUGCCGUGAGCGGGGGGCGGGGCUUGGAGCACGGUCCCUUUGUUUAUACCGCGAGGGGAUUUCAGUGAUGGGUAGUUAGAUUCAGUUUACCGAACCGAUUCUUUGAAUGGUCCGGAACUGUUCGUUUUAAUAAACCGAGCGUUCGAUUCAGUGAUUCAUUUUCAUGCCAGACCGGGCCUUGGGGCGACAAGAAAUGAAGCUAUCUAUUUUAUUAUUGUGUAUACACCCAUAAGCCAACAUUAAAACUACCUCCUUGCUUCUACACCCAUUUUAUCAGCUCCACUUAUUAUGUAGGAACACCUUGUAGUUCUGUAAUUGCAGACUGUAGUCCAUUUGAGGCUUUGCAUACUUUGUUAGCCCACCUUUCACCCUGUUCUUCAAUGGUCAGGACCCCAACUACGACCACUACAGAGGAGGUAUUAUUUGGGUGGUGGAUCAUUCUCAGCACUGCAGACACACUGGGUCCACUCACUCUCCACCCUUCUACCUUGUCGUUCCACCCUGUAGAUGUAAAGUCAGAGGCAGUAACUAGCUCAUCUGUUGCUGUACAUUUUGUGUUGAUCAUCUUCUAGUCCUUCGUCAGUGCUCAUAGGACAAUGCGUACAGGAUAUUGUUGGUUGGAGUCCAGCAGUGACACUGAGGUGUUUAAAAAUUGCAGCAGCACUGUUCUGUCUGAUCCACUCAUACCAGUGCAACCCAUACUAACUGAAUCUUAAGUCAAGUCCAGUUUAUUGUGUAUGGAAAACUUGUGUCCGGCUACUUCUCAGUACAGCAAAGACAGCAAGUUGAAAAAAGCCCACUGUAGUCUCCAGAGAGAAGCGAAACUAAGAGGUUUGUUAAAUGUUAGACUUUAUUUUGUGAGUUUGUGGGGCUUCAUAGCGAAAGAUUCUUGUUGCGAUUCUAAUCUUAUUAGAAUCCCCCAGCUUCAAGUUGUGACUUGUGAAUCUGUUGUUUGAAUUAAUUGAAAAGAAUCGAUUCAGAAGAAUAACCGAUUCGCUCACGAUUCGGGCAUUGCUGGUGGAUUUUAGGAGCAGCUGCAGCUGAUUCGAUUUGGCGCCUGUUGAUGUUUGACGUUCUCUUCUUCGCGUGACGAUAAACUCCCCUCAGCUCCUCAGCAACAUUUGGCAACUUCGAGAACAUUCUGUUUUGAAUGCAUGAGGUCCGCUGAUAAAGGCACCGGGAGAAGAGCAGCAUACUGUCUCGUCCGGCUCGACACAAGCAACACAGAUAAGUUUCAUCUGAUGAGAUGAGUGUGCGUGCGGGGCAGGGCAGUGACGAGGUGUUGGUGUCUCAGGCUGUGUGGGAUUAUCUCGCGGCGGCUGGGCGACCCUGGCUGCUCGACUUUGAGGAUAAGCAAGGUCUAAGUGCUGGCAUCAUCCGGCGUGGGGAGCGUGGUGGCUGCUGCGCGGUGCGGCUCUCUCCGGUGGAGGGCAGCACCAGAGCCAGGACCGGCAUGAUGGAGGGCCCAGUGUCCCCGGCCACACGGAAAGCCUUUAUAGACCUAUGCCGUUGUGCCCGCAAGGAAAUGACCAAACAGGAGUCUGCUCCCAAGAGGAAGCGCUCUCUCUUACCCUGUGUUGGGGUGAUGGAAGUGGAUGGGGAGGGCAGUUUACUUCCUCCUCCUCUGCCACAGCCACGUCGUUCUCAGAGGCAACAGCAACAGAGGUACAGGAGAAGCACUGAUAUGGAGACCAGUGUGGUUCUGCCCAUGCAGCAUGAGGCCACUACAAGGACUGAAGCUGAGCUCAGUGUAGGCCAGCCAAGUGAAGAGGAUAGUGCCAGCUGCUCCAUCUGCAUGGACGAAAUAGUGGAAAAGACAACUCUAGAGAAGUGUGGCCAUUCCUUCUGCCGCUCUUGCUUGGAUCAAGCUUUCCAGGUGAAGAAGGCUUGUCCUGUCUGCAGGUUGGUUUAUGGUCAGCUCAUUGGGAACCAGCCAGCCAACGGUAGCAUGAUGGUGGAGAGAGACCCAGACCUGGAGUUGCCUGGGCAUGAAGGAUAUGGCUGCAUAUGCAUUAUCUAUAGCUUCCCUCCAGGGUUCCAGUCACAAGAGCACCCAAACCCUGGAGUGCGGUACCCAGGCACAGACCGUGUAGCAUAUCUACCGGACAGUCCUGAGGGAAACCGUGUGCUGCGUCUGCUGCGGCGGGCUUUUGAACAACGGCUCAUCUUCACUAUAGGAACCUCCAUGACUACAGGCAUGCAUAAUGUCAUCACCUGGAAUGAUAUCCACCAUAAGACCUCUAUAUGGGGUGGACCACGAUGCUUUGGCUACCCAGAUCCUACAUACCUCGUGCGGGUGACUGAGGAGCUGCGGGAAAAGGGAAUAACAAACGACUGAUUCUUUGAUGUGCAGGACGCUGGGCUUACUAUGGGACUGGCACAUGGGCUGACUUGACCACAGGUUUACUGUGACAAUGCAAGUCACAGCCAUGUUCUGCAGCAAUGGUUUGGACAAGAAGAUUCUUUGUGCACCAAGUUUGUUUUGUCUCUUUUUGUUUAAACUUGCUCUUGGAGUGAUGCGUUAUAAGUGAGUGCAGUGCAUUCCACACAUGUUAUUUAUUUCUCUUUUGUUUUUGUUUCAAAUGGAGCACUUUGGAAGGACAAGAGCAAGAGUCCAGAGUACUGUGGUUUGCUGACCCUAAGUAGCCAGUGCACUGCUGAAUUGCAAGUGUUUCAGAACCAUCCAGUUUCCUUCUGCUGUGGUAGUAGUAGGAAGUGCACUGUUUUUGUGUUCCAAGCUGAUGAGAAUAACUGGCUGUCUCUUAACCUCUGUGUAAUCCACAAUUAGUGGUCUUUGGCUGCUUCCAUAAAACAUCUUAAGUAUUUAUCUUAAGUUAAAAGUUUAAGAGAUAUUUUUAAAGCUGUUUAUUUACAUAUUAACAGAUGUCAAAAAUGUAAGGGCUGAAACAUAAACUUGGGUCUAAAAUUCUAUUUACAAUAAUGGAUUUUUUCACUUUGCAUUUACAUUUCCUUGAAGCGAUUUUACUCAGCUCACUUAAAGUCAAGAGACAAAAUUUACUUAAGAUGUUUUAUAAGUGACCACUGGUCAUAUUUUGUGUCAAAAAAGAACAGGAAUAAACACUCUUAAAAUAAAGGUGACAAAAGGAGUUACUUGGAAUGAUACCAUAGAACAACUUUUGACUCCCAAAAACUGUGGUUUACAAACCAGUACUCAGGGCUCUCAGACAGUCCACAUUUUUGCUCUUUCUUUAUGUGUUGACAAUUGGGAUUGAGCAAAAAAGUGGGCCACUCUCAGGGCUUGUUUGAGAACCAAAGCUCAAAAGAACAUUUCAUUGGAUAGUCAGACUGGUUCUCAGGUCCCCCUAGAUGUUCUCAUAUUUGCUCUAUCCUUGUCUGCUCAAAAUGAGAUUGACCAAAAAUGUGGACCAUGUGGGCAGCCCUGAAGGCUGGUUUGAGAACCACUGCUUGAAGAACUCAGUUGACCACUCAAUUAAAAGGUUCAGUUUCCUAGUCCUGCUCCUAUAUUCUUAAAAAAAGAUAAUUCUUCAAGGGUUCUUUAGUAAAGAAAAUGAACCAUGAACAAUCAAAGAACCCUUUGCAUGAUUAAAAUGGUUCUAUAUAGGACAUUUUUGAAAAUAGUUCUGUAUAACACCCAAAAGGAUCUUUCUAUUGUUACGGUGUUAAGCUUCUAAUAAUAGAAGAACCCUUUUGGGUGCUGUAUAAAACCAUCUUCAAAAAGGUUCUAUAUAGAACCGUCUAUAGCACAUUUCUGCACGUUUUCUGUCAAUCUGAAGAACCCUUACAUGAGGCAAAGCACCCUUUAAUCAUGCAAAGGGGUCUUUGAGUGUUCAUGGUUCUUUAUAUUUUCUUUACUAUUUUUUUGGAUUUCAGAUCAUAAACACAUCUAACAUUUGGGGUGGGUCUCCAGGAGCAGUAUUGGGAAACACUGCUUUAGGGAACCAGAAGUCGUGGUUCUAUGGAAGGAGUGGGGAACUAAGAGCCUGAGUCCAGCACUGUUUCAUGAUUUCUCUGCUCUGAUGGAACAACUAAGCCUAGAGGAGUGUUUGAGCAGGAAAAUUGCCAAACUGUAUAGGAAUCUGGCCCCCAAUCUUUUUUUCCUUCUUUCUUUCUAUGGAAUCACUCCAGUGAACUCUUUUUGGAACCUUUAAGGAAUGUAAUGAUCAGAUGACCUCCCACAGCUUUACUGAUACUCAUGGGACAAUCCCACUCAAGCAGGUUUUUUGCUUGUUUGUUUUCUUUAAGCAGCACUAUAAGGCACUUUGCAGUGAUGGAAGUGAGUUACUAAUGGAGAUCUUUGCGAUCGUCUAACUGCUAGAGUCUGAUGUCAAUCCCUCUGAGCUUUUUAUCUUCCUAUAAACUUCCCCUUUGUCUGAUCAAGUGAAAAGGGCAGUCUUGUAUCAGGACUAUGGGGAGAAAAGGCCUUGUUUUUGUGUUUGGCCAAUUGACUAUCUAUGAUUCGUCUUCUGUUAAUGUUCAGAAACUAAGGAAUUGCUGCUGCUAUCAGGUCGGCGCUGAAUUCUGAGGUAGGAGAAAAUGUCAAGUGAAGAUCUCCGACGCCAGAAGGUUUCUUUAGCAUGUUUACAUUUAGAAGAUUUCUAUUAAUUAUCUAUUAGUAAGUGCAGUGUUGCUGCAGUUGCUGAUUGGGGCUUUAAUGUUCAAAAUUGAUCAGAUUUAUAAGAUGAUGUCAUUAUAAAAGGUCCUGCAGACCACCCUGAGAAAAACAAAAGGCACAGUCAUUCCACAGUGUAACUAUUGUACCUUAACCUCAGCUCCAGAGAAUGCUAAGCACUGGAUUUAUUUCCACAAUGGUAGGUUAGCUUCAUUUAUAUCACACAAAACAAUAUUCAGUGUUUUUCAAUGUUCAAGUGAAUAUCUGAAGUAUAUGCAGCAGUUUAUGAUUGGGGGAAAAUAUGCAGUAAUGUUUUUACAUCAUUCAAAGUGUUAAUGUACUUUCAACUAAAGGUCACGGCAUGAUAUAACUAACAAUAACCAUUUCUACAUAGUAGGUGUUCAUGGGUUAAAAGUCGGAAGCCUUCGUUUGUUCAGGUGUUCUGACUCUAAGUGGAGAUGUGCCUCACAAUAGUGUACUUGCUCUAGAAUUUGGUUCACAGAUGAUUGAAGGCAUAAAAAUAGUUUCAGCUAUGCCACAAAUAUCAGGUUUUAGAUCAGAUUAAUUUCAGCCUCAUCAGGAAGAAAGAAGUGUAGAAUAUCUCUAAACAUUUCCUUUGUUCGCCCCUCUUUUUGUUUUACGGGACCAAUUCAGAGUUACCUUUGAAUGACAUAUAGGUGUACCUAUCAUGCAAAAUUCUAUGCAGUUCAAGUUAGAUGGGAAGAAAAUAGACCUCUUCAGAUAAUUGAUUGUUAAUCAAGUUAAUAAUUUGCCUUUAUGAUUGUGUUGAUUUGUACAUGACAAAACUGUCUGCUACAAUUUAAAAUGUGUGCUUUACAUUUUCAUACUUGAAUAAAGAGUUCUGUUCAGUUG